UACUUAAAAUUAUGACUGCCUUGAUCCACCCUACACAUGGUUAGAAAUCAGGGAGGAAAAACGGUUCUCCCACGAUGAAGACAGAAGUCGAAACGCUGCUAACUCGGAGCAGUUUUUUUAAUAAGGGCUUCGACAGCAAAACUUGGCAAAAGAUCUUUCGCUGCGGUUUCGGUUUCCGCCCUGUCGUGCGUGCAGGUCGGCAGCACCUCGGGGUGCCAGGAAGUACGAAACAGCGAGCAGCUGACUGUAUCGUGACGGCUCGCAGGUCUGUCCCCCCGCCUCCCCGGCCCGUCCCGUCCCGUCCCGUCCCGUCCCGGCCCAGCCCAGCCCGGCUCAGACUCCAGCAGCUCCGCUGGUCCUGCGGCGCACGUCUAGGGAUCCUCGGUAUUUUCCGCACCGUAGUACAGUCUGGGAGUCACAGAGACCGCCAAGGCGCCCACAUGGAAGCGGAAGCCGAGAGCGCAGCGCGGGGAAUGGCGGCGGCUCAGCUGACGGAGACGGAGAUCAAGCAGCGGUCGAUGGCGGAGGAGGAUCCGAACGGCAACGAGCACGGAGCGGCCGCCCGCAGCAGCCGAGCCCCUCGCUGGGGGCCGCAGCACGCCGGAGCCCGGCAACUGGCGCAGCUCUACUCGCCCGGCAAGAGGCUGCAGGAGUGGAUCAGCGUGGUCCUCUGUGCCUGUCUGGUGAUCAUCAACUUCCUGUUCCUGCUGCUGAACUUCUCCACCGUGUACACGUAUCGGAUCAUCAUCAACACAUUUGCAGGGAUUGUGACUGCGGACUUCGCCUCCGGCCUGGUGCACUGGGGAGCGGAUACCUGGGGCUCUGUCGACAUUCUGGUCAUCGGCAAGGCCUUCAUCCGACCGUUCCGAGAGCACCACAUCGACCCCACGGCCAUCACCAGGCACGACUUCAUAGAGACCAACGGGGACAACUGCAUGAUCACCAUCCUGCCCCUGGCACACAUGGCCUACAAGUUCCUGUCCUACCCCCCCGAGGAAAACUUUGGAAACCCUAUAGGGGAGGGCCUGGUUCCGGGUGACCCCGAUUUGUUAGGGCUCGUUGUGACUGAGACCCCUCUGCUGCUCAGCGGUGCCCAAGAGGGAGAGGUGGGCACUGCCGGAGGGGGGCAGUUUGUGGCGCUGCGCACCUAUGAUGAGCUGCUGUGGUCUUCUUGCCGUCUGGAGGCGGGCAGCACCACCUCCGCGCAGUGGGAAUCUAGACUUGGGGACUCGGUGGGGUCUUGUGCCACAGACAUCAGCCGGCAGCCGUAUCACCCUGCAGCUCCCAGCUGGCAGCCCAGUGGAGCCCAGCACCGCUGGCUCAACUACCCCCUGGACUGCCUGGGGUUCUGGCGCAGGAUGGAGGAGCUGAUCGAAGCCCUGACCGGGGAGAAACCGCGCAGCGACGACAUGAAGUGGGCCCGGAAGAUGGAGUGA